GGCUUGGAGGAGGAUAAAGCUGAGUUUAGGCUGGAAACUAAAAGACUGAUUGUUUUUUGGUACAACUUGCCCGGUUCCUCUUCACUUCCUUUAGUUUCGCUUCAUGGACAGAUCAACAAACCUGGACAUUGAGGAACUCAAGAUGACACGAGAACAGUACAUACUAGCAACACAACAAAAUAACCUGCCAAGGGCUGAGAAUGCACAACUUUACCCAGUGGGAAUUUAUGGAUGGCGAAAGAGGUGCUUAUACUUCUUUGUCCUUCUGCUGUUGGUUACCAUGAUAGUUAACUUAGCCAUGACAAUUUGGAUAUUGAAAGUGAUGAACUUCACCGUGGAUGGUAUGGGAAAUCUGAGAGUCACCAAGAAGGGAAUCCGACUUGAAGGUAUAUCUGAGUUUCUACUUCCAUUGUAUGUGAAAGAAAUUCAUUCCCGAAAGGAUAGUCCACUGGUCUUACAGUCUGACAGGAAUGUAACAGUGAAUGCAAGAAAUCACAUGGGGCAGUUAACUGGACAGCUGACAGUAGGAGCUGAUGCUGUGGAAGCUCAGUGUAAAAGAUUUGAAGUGAGAGCAAGUGAAGAUGGCAGGGUGCUGUUUUCUGCAGAUGAAGAUGGGAUUACCAUUGGGGCUGAAAAGCUGAAAGUUACAGGCACUGAAGGAGCAGUGUUCGGGCACUCUGUUGAAACACCUCACAUCAGAGCAGAACCUUCCCAAGACCUCAGGCUUGAAUCACCAACCAGGUCCUUGAUAAUGGAAGCUCCCCGGGGGGUCCAGGUGAGUGCUGCAGCUGGAGACUUCAAGGCUGCCUGCAGGAAGGAGCUCCACUUGCAGUCCACAGAGGGGGAGAUAUUUUUGAAUGCGGCUACAAUCCGGCUGGGAAACCUGCCGACCGGCUCUCCUUCCUCUUCUUCACCCAGCCCCUCCCACUCUCGGCAGACAGUGCAUGAACUGUGUGUCUGCCCCAACGGCAAACUGUACCUGUCUCCAGCUGGGGCCGGGUCUACUUGUCAGUCCAGUAGCAACAUCUGCUUGUGGAGCUGAACUGACUGAUUUCUCCUCACACCAGAAUAGCCUUUUGUUCCCGUACGUCUCCUUCACAGUUCUGCUCCGUUUCC